AUGUCAACGCGUACUCAGGAUUACAUGGGUCCCUACCACACAUCGCCGACAUCGCAGAGACAAAAGCUCUCAAAUGGCGCAACUCCUACGAGUAGUCAGUCUAGAAGACAAGACCAAGCCAAUCUUUCCCUACAGACUGAUUACGAUGACCACCUCAGCUAUCCUCCUGCCGCACCGGAGGUGCCUCGUGCCCUACCGAUCUCGUACAAACAGCCGUAUGAACGAGAGAUAAUAGACCAACAACCAACAAGAUCAUUUUCACAGAGAGCGAAAGGACAGAUGCUGGCGCAGGAAGCCAUUGGGGACGAGAAGUACUGGGACGAUAGGGGUGCGCAGCCCUUACAGUUGGAGAUACCUGAAGAUGCCCGGAAGAAUACCACCCGCGACGAUGUACCAGUGGCUCCACAGAACGGUCUCAACAUCUCGGACGGGGGGCGCAACGUCCGGCGGGGCUCCUCUCAGAGGCAGCCGGAUACACCUUCACAAGACAGUCCACAUUCAACCUCCAGAGAGCUUCGAGACCACCAACGUCCGGUACGACACGAAGCCGACACUGCGCCUCUAAAGUUGGACCUCAAAUCCCCGACUGCGAAGAUAGGCACGAUGAAAGGGCCGAGAAAGCUCAGUGAAAGCCAGCAGAGAGAAUGGGCGCACGAUCGGUCCCCACUGCAAACUCUGGAAGUCAAGUUGAACGACAUUAGCAAAGAGGAGAAACGUGCAAGAGUGGAAGAGGCUGAAAUGCUGCUGCGCGAAGCUAAGGCUGGAAGAGGAGGACGCAGGUCCAGCAAGGAAGUCCCGGCAACCGCAAAGAGAAACGUUUCGACAAGAGAGCCACCGCUAGAACCUAAAAGUGUUCAAAAGGCUUCACUAGACCACAACACUCAGAGCACACAGCGUGGUACUGGGCAACCCAGAACCCGGGUGGAGGUUCAGGAGACAACCAAAGGGUUUCCAUCUAGCGAAGACAGGCAAGGACUUGAUAUUGAAAAGCACUUAGUAGCAAGACCACCUGUUGGCAAUGAGGUAACUCCUUUUUUGGAUGAAUCAAGGUCUUGGCAACAGGCUUCACAAGACGAGGGCCGUAUACACGCAGCUCAUACUGUGUAUGAAGCUACCUCCUUGAGCAAGCCACGACAAGACUCCUUGCAACAGCCAAUAAUCGUUGACCAAGUCCAUCCAGCCCAUGACCCACGCCUGAUACAUGCUACAGAACGCAACUCAAAUGAGCCUGACUUACAACAUGAUCCAAGAAGCAACCAGCUUCAGAAUAAUGUAAGGCGAGCAGCUUCGACUCGACAAGAUCCAGGGGCAAAGUCGAUCCCCUCAAACAUCACUCGCGCCAUCUCUUCCCAACAACAUCAACCCCAACCUCUCUUUGCUGACGACCAAGAUUUGUCAGGGCCUGGCCCGAUAAGAGAGUCAAAUUCAUCGCACAAAGCUGCAUUGGCAGAGGCAAAUGCCGCAGUCGGAGCUACAGGUCCCAGCGCUGCCGCCUCUAUGACUCGUGAUAACAGCAGGAAAUUGCAAAAGGCUCCAACAGCGAACCUCAGCCGAGGUUCCUACCCCGAGGAGAAAAGACCAGAUUGGCUGUUUUCUGGCUUAAAACAAGGGUCAACCUCUGCGGAUCCACCUCGAUCCAGCACGAAUACUAGCGUGGAAGAUACGAAGCUCGAAUUCUACUACAAAGGAAUGCCGAAGCAAGCCGACGUCCCAAGAGUGAACUCUCAGAGAGCUCCUGAAUCGGCUAUGCUGGGCGUCAAAGAGCCUGCAUUUAACGAACAAAACAGUACUACGAGCAGACCCCGACGGACAAGCGUCUCUUUCAAAGUCCCCUUUGACAAAGCUCGGCCCGUGAACGAGUGGAAGCAAGCUGGUACAGCACGACUAACACUAGCAGAUCUCGCCCUGGACGUGCCCAGUGGAGGGGAUCAGGCCUGGUGGGAGACCAAUGGCUCAUCUGGUCGCAGGAGGAGCAAAGGUACAUCGGGAAAUGUGCAAUCAUCGGGGGUGUUAAGCCAGCAGAAACAACCCAGAUGUGUCGAAUUCAAACCACCACUGUAUCUCAAGUGUGGCCCUCUGCUUCGAUAUACUGGUAUGAGGAAGGAACGGGAAGAACCACAACAAUCUGGCCAGACUAAUAACCCCACUGGUCGGGAGAUGUGGAGAGGGAGUGUGAUGAUUGUGACGAAUGAUUCGCAGUCUUCAUAUGAGGAGGUCCCAACGCUGCGGAUCUUUUCCCAACCCAGAGACCUGCUACCGCCGCCUCCAGACCAAGUGCAAGGUGACGAGCUAGCUCCCGAAUAUGUCGACCCUAUUGCAGGCUUGACCAAAGUAUCGAGACGCGGCCAGACGCUUUACGUCAAGCCGGUCGACUAUCUAGAAGAAGGUAAAGAUCUCUCUCGCAUCGAAGACGAUGAUGGUCUCUUCGAGACCACGCCAAGUCCACUCGACAACAGUGCUCAGAUAUCUGCCACUGCAAAUAAGAGAACCCGUGGCAGGGACGGAGAGGCGCUUGGUAAGUUCAAGGAGGUCAAAGGUUGUAGACUUUAUGCCGACAUCGAGCGGGACGUCACGUUCUGGCGUUUCAACAUCGAGGUGGAGCUUUCUGAUCAACAAGCUCAUAUCGCUUAUCGCAUCAACCACGGACCUCCCGUCGGUUUUUGGGUCCCUGCGAAGGGCCAGAGCAUGAACAUAAUGUUCCACAGCUGCAACGGUUUUAGCUUGACCGUCGAUACUGAUAAAUUUGGCGGUCCUGAUCCGUUGUGGCGCGACGUUCUCAACACACAUCAAACACGUCCAUUCCACGUGAUGAUUGGAGGCGGUGACCAGCUAUACAACGAUGGAGUCAUGGUUGAUACCAAUCUUUUCGCCGCUUGGACCCAGUUGCGAAACCCCCAUGAAAAGCAUCAUGCGCCAUUUACGGAUGCCAUGCGUCAGGAGUUGGAGUCAUUUUACCUAAAUCGGUAUGCCAUGUGGUUCUCACAGGGGCUUUUUGGAUUGGCCAACUGUCAGAUACCAAUGAUCAACAUAUAUGACGACCACGAUAUCAUUGAUGGAUUUGGAUCAUACCCUGACGACUUCCAGCGAGCUCCUGUGUUUAUGGGUGUUGGAAACAUUGCGUUCAAAUAUUAUAUGCUUUUCCAACAUCAGAGUGUGCCAGAAGAGACUCAAGCUGAUGAGCCAAGCUGGCUACUCGGAGCUAAGCCUGGCCCAUACAUCCAGCAAUUGAGCCGAAGUGUGUUCCUGAACAUGGGAAAGAGCAUAGCGUUCCUCGGACUGGACUGUAGAACUGAGCGAGAGCGCUAUUCUGUAAUGACCGAUGACACCUAUGACCUUAUUCUUGAUCGAUGCCGUAGAGAGAUCGAAGAAGGCGAGACAAAACACCUGCUUGUUCUUUUAGGCGUCCCCAUUGCAUAUCCGAGUCUGGUCUGGCUCGAAAACCUUCUUACUAGCCGAGCACUGGCCCCAGUCAAGGCGCUUGGACGAGCUCGUAUCUUCAAAGGUGGUCUCUUGAAUAAGUUCGAUGGGGGUGUCGAAGUCUUGGAUGACCUCGACGAUCAUUGGACUGCAAGUGGGCACAAAGUCGAGCGGUUCCAUCUCAUUAGAGACCUACAAGAACUUGCAGCGGAGAAGUCUAUUCGCAUUACUAUUCUUGGAGGCAAUGUGCACCUGGCAGCUGUCGGCCAAUUCUACUCGAAUCCAAAGCUCAAGAUUCCCAAGGAUCGCGAUCAUAGGUACAUCCCGAACGUGAUCUCUUCUGCGAUUGUGAACACACCGCGGCCUGAAAUGGUGGCAGACACUCUGAACAAGAGGAACCGAGUUCACAUUUUCGACCAAUACACCAUGGAAGAUAUGAUUCCAAUGUUCACCCACGACGUAGACGGCAAAAAGCGGAACAACAAGCGUCUGCUGCCACGCAGGAACUGGUGCUCAAUUCGAGAAUACCAUCCCGGGUCCACCCCACCAUCCACACCUCCCGAAUCUCCUACGCCGAGCGAACAGAUGUCCGAGUCCGAAGAUUAUCAGCCGCAGACCCGUCGACGCUUUUCCUUCUCCCGAGAGGACGCAAACCCCAGGCAACUGCUCCGCCGACUCAGUCAACGUGCUGCCCCACCAUCCUCCUACAGAGAUGACAUGAAUAUCAGCAGCCCCAUGACCCCCAGGAGAGCAAGCCAUGACGGCAACUUCUCAAACCCUCGACAACCUCAAACCGCGCCUCCGACACGCACCUCCUUCUCCAUGAACAACAACAGUCCCCUGCCACCAAGGACCGCGCCUCCUAACCAAACAUCCUUCAAUUCAACCGCCUCUUACAAUCACCGCGCCUCUAUAGACGCCCUCCCCUCAGCCCCUCAACCGCGCCCAGGCAUAUUGCGCCGCCCCACCAAUCUUUCCGAAAAAGCGUCAAAGAAGGGUGGACCGCCGCCCCUGGUGACUGACUCCCAAGGAAAUCUCAUCGAGGACUAUAACGACCACAUCGAUCUCGAGGGUGGGCUGGAUAUCACCUUGAAUUGUGAAGUUAAUCAGGGCGAUCCAGCCGGUAUCACGACGCCGUACCGCCUGCUCGUACCUACUUUGAUAUACGAUGGAAGCAGUGAUCGUCAGAAACUGGAUGCACCAGUCGGAAAUGGUGGUAAGGGUGCUGGUGUAAAACGGAGACCGACGUUACUCAAUAGGCUGGGUUUUGGAAGGACUGGAAAUAGGAGUGUGGCUGAUCGUCAGGGCGAGGGGAACUGGGGUCAAGCCAGUUUCAGCGAAACGGAAAGUGAGCGUCUGGAUGGCGAUGAAAGGUACAGCAGUGGAGAAGAGGACGAUCAGUACUACGAGAAGGAGAAGAGGUCGUCUGGCGGAGGAGUGUUAAAGAGGUGGUUCAGUGGCAGAAGAGGCAGAACCUCCCAGCCGCAGGACAGAUAUUCUCCAGAGUAUGAAGAGGCGCCGCCGCCCCAGCAGCCGCCGCUGCCGCCGCUCAGAGGGGGACAGCUGCAAACCCGCGAUGAAUUUGUGGGUCGGGAGUUGACGUCUACAUCUCCACAGCCCCAGCAGCAGCAGGCCAACCACUCGUCCUCGAAGCGUGACAGCUAUGAAAUUCCGCCAUUCGAGCCUUUCCCCUCCCAGGCCAGAGGCAAGGCAGCCAGAGUCAUGGGCGUCGAUCAGGGUCCCAUGCCAGUACCGUACGGCUCUGCACCUCCGCAGUAUCCAUCACGGCGUCAGGAGCAUCUGCCGCCGCCGCCGCCGCCGCAAGAACAACAAAAACGACAACCAGGUGUGAGCACUAACUCCUCUGCAAACGCAGGUGUAGGUGCCAGCACCUCAAUGAGUACAAGCAUAAAUCAAAGCCAACCUCUCCCACCUCCCACAAGAACAUCAACACUACCACUCUCCCCUCAGGAAGCACCACGAACAAGAGACUCGAACUCAAGAUUUUACGCAAACCACGACCAAGAAGCAGCACCGGUUGUACGUGGCUACAAUGGAGUAGAGGCUUACCCUGGAAGGAAAAUUUCUAAAGCUACAAAAGGAGGGAAACUGAGAAAAGGGAAGUGGUGA